UGGUGGAGGAGAGCUUGUGGACUGAGUUUGCGAUCUUCGACAGCUCCCUUGCUCAAAUGACAGCCUCCGAACGGUGGAACCGCCAUGGGGCCUCUCACAAGAAGUUGCGAGACAUUGCCAUGAGAGUGACAGCGAUGUGGAGCACUGCGACCCCUUGUGAGAGGAACUGGUCCUCUCUCGAUCUUGUCCACGACAAGAGGAGGGGCCCGCUGUCGCCUGACAGCCUCGCCAAGUUAGUGUACAUCCACUGGAAUCUUCAGCUGCUGGACAUCAAGAAGAAAAAGAGUACAGGAAGCUUGGCAGGGUACUUGGACAUGUGGGCUGCAUUCUUCGAUGAAGUGGAGCCACCAACGCCGAAUGAUCCUGCAGUGUUGCCAAGGGCUGCAACUACAGCAGACUUGAGUGACGACGAAGUGGCCCGCCGGGCAAAUCUAACGAAGAUCCCCCGAGCUAGACUCAUGAAGCCUCAUGUCGUUGAUGGAUCAAGCUCAACGGACAACAGUGAUGAUGGGGAGGACCUAAUUUGGAGAGGCAAAGGCAAGAACAAAAAGGUUGUUGUCGAUGACGGCGAAGGCAAGGCGCAGAUGGAUGGCAAAGGCAAGGCGCAUAUUGAUGUGGACGAUGAGGAAGAGGAUAUUGACGAGAGCGAGGAAGAUCCCGAGAACUUUACUUUGCGGUCGCCAAGAGCGAGCGACAUAUCUAGCGACGACAACGAGCUGGAUGACGACCUCACACGUAACAUGGAGCGGGGUUACAUUGAUAGUGACCUAGAGUUCUUGCGGCCUCGGGGGAUGGACUUCAACGCAUGCGUCGAACUGGACAAGGACCUCGAUGACGACGCUGAGAGGGCGAGGGCGCAGUCCCUUGCUCAUCGUGAUUGUGCCAUUGUGGAGCAAUGGAUUCGAGAAGAAGCAGCAAAACGAAGUGCUGUCCCCCCUCCGAUGAGGAUGAACUAUACAACGGCGGAAAUGGGCGGAUGUCUACCGGCGGAGGGGGUUCAGCAGCAGCGGCAUGCAGAAGGCAUGCAACGGGAACAACAAGAGGAAGACGUUCAGCAGCACCAGCAGCGAGAGCAAGGCCUGCAGGAGCAAAGACAAGAGGAGGGCCUGCAACAGCAAGAUGAUCGGCAGCAACAGCGAGAGGAAGGAUUGCAGCAGCAGCAGGUGCAGCAGCAGGAUGAUCGGCAGCAACAACAGCAACAAGAACAACACGACGGACAGCAUGAGCAGCACAAGGAUGGAGCGCAGGAGCAGCAGCAGCAGACAAAGCAGGAUGCACCGCAGCAGCAUCAGCAGCACAAGGAUGGAGCGCAGCAGCAGCAGCAGACAAAGGAGGAUGGAACGCAGCAGCAUCAGCAGCAAGAGCACGAUGGUCCGCAUAAGCAACUAGAGCACGAUCCGUUGCAGCAGCAGCAAAAAGAAAACGGGAGUGCAACGGGAGUCGCUCGAGUGUACUCCAGGCGGCCUCCAGUGCCCAGUGCAGCAGCAGUCCGGGGUGUGGUUCAAACCCUUCCUUUCCCUGCGCAGGUCGAGGGCGUGCAGCACGACAACUUGGACGUGAGCCUGGCGGGAAGGAAGAAGAAGGUGCAGCCUGACACAGGUCCAAAAGUGGCAAGGGGGCGCCCGCAAAAGUACCCACUUCAGCCAGCUCCAUCAGCUUGCGCUCCGGUCCGCGAGGAUGGUGGUGAAGGGGGUGAGGUGGAACAGCAUGUGAUUGGAGGAGGGAAGGUGCAAGGGGGCCCUGCACUCACAGUGGACGGUGUGGAGACACACCCGUUGAAGCGUCCGAAGAGGAAGGCGGCGAGGAAGGCGAGGGUCGUUGAGGACGAUCCGACGGAUGCGGAAGAAAGCAGCAAUGGGAGUGAAGAAGAUGAUCGGGAAAGCGACUGGGAAUAGGGCUCGGAGGGGGAGGAAGUUGGAAGGCCAUACACUUGUACUGGUCUGAGGGCUGAUGAUGUUCAACAGUCAUAGUCGAAGUGGUGUUUUUUUUGCACAGUUAAUCCCUUGGGUUUUCCAAGGCAAUCAAUGCUAUGCCUUUUC